AUGCAGCCCCCUCCGGCUCGCACAGACGCCUCUGUCCAGACAGAUGGUGAGGUCAUGGCCCCUAAGGCGACCGCAGUCCCUGUUCAGACCCAGACCGAGACAGCCAGCUCUCAGACGACCGACGCCAGCACCCAAACGACCAAACUGACCACCUUCGACUCGACCUCUCAAACUCGACCCGCCCGACUGGUCUCUGCCGAAGUCCAGACUGACACCCCCGACUCACCGACACCAACCACGGACCCCGACGACUUCGGCUGCUCUCGAAGCAGGCCGUUCACCCGAGGCUACACGGCGAGCUUCCAGCCUGACAGCCCCCGAAACGACACCGACGAUCCCGAUCCAGACCUGAUCCCGAAGAGACGUCCCAGGGUCCAGACUGACACCCCCGACUCACCGACACCAACCACGGACCCCGACGACUUCGGCUGCUCUCGAAGCAGGCCGUUCACCCGAGGCUACACGGCGAGCUUCCAGCCUGACAGCCCCCGAAACGACACCGACGAUCCCGAUCCAGACCUGAUCCCGAAGAGACGUCCCAGGG